UCCAAGUAAAGAGCUCAAUUAGUUAAAGGCAGUAACCGCGAUCAGCAAGCUAGUAGGUAGCAAGCGGUAAAAAGUUAAAUUACGAGCGUGCUGUAGAAGCAGAUGAGCAGUUGAAAAUAACAGUAGUAAUAAAUAACUCGUAAAACAAAUGAAAUUGAAAAAAAUUAAAUAUAUCAAAUCUUAACGAUCAAUUUUUUUAAAAAAAAGUGAUGUUACGAAAAUAGUUUGUGUUAAUUGAUUUUAAUAAAAUUAGUUAUAUGCAAAAAAAUUAUGCAUUUGUUUAGAGUUUCCUACUUUAAGUAAAACGAAACGAAUAUUAAAAGUUAUUUUUGAAAGUUUUGCAAAAAAAAUAUAACAAAACAAAGUUCAAGAAUAAAGUUAAAGAAAAAAAGGAUAUAAAAGCAAAUUUAAAAUAUAAAAUCACAAAAUGGCACAAUUAAAAUGUGUUACCGUUUGGUUUUUAAUGGCCACCACCUGUGUGUUGGUUAAUUUAAAGGAUGUUAAGGCUUCUACGGAAUACAAUCAUUAUUUGGCACAUAUUUUCCAAAAGUAUGGCAAUGGCGGAACCAUGUCAUUCGAGGGUCUUGAACAUUUAAUGUACAGCUUGGGACUGGGGCAAAUUGAAUUUGAAGCUUCACACACUAUAGACGAGCAUCAUCCACACGGUCUAUCGAAUAAUCUUAAAGAUCAUGAGGAAAUGAAAUCAUACAUGGAUAUACAAACCAUAAAACUAUUGCCAGAUGAUGAUGAUGUUCAAAUCGCUCAGAAAAAAUCUCAGGAAAAAACUAGUGGCCAUGAAAAUGAUAGUAAAAAUGAUAAAGAUAUUAUUUUAGAGUUUAAAGAAAUGCACGAUCCCAAACAUAGACAUCCUCGAGAAAAUGGUAAGUAG